AUGAUUUUUGCAGCAAAUCCAGAAUGUGGUAAGUAUAUGGACAGCCGGUCGUACAAUGAUCACAAAGAGAAGUUGUACUGCAAUCGUUGUUACAAGUAUUUGUUUGGGCCAAAAGGUGUCGGAUAUGGUGUUGGCGCCGGUGUGCUGCUCACAGCCAGUGUCAGUAGUGGAUCUUCGAAAAAACAAACUUCAUCUAAAGCCGACGAUAUAGCGACCGCGUCGUUUUUGUAUACAAAUGAAAAGAAAACACAAAAGCCAGGAUACAUCGAGCGAGUCGAUGAAACAUUUUGUGACAAAAAAGACCUACAAUGCGGAAACAGCGUUCCUGUGGCAGGAAACGAAAGCAGUGGAAUGAUAAAGAAAUGGGUAAGUACCACAAUGAUGCCAGCAGCGCACCAAGCAUACUAUGGUAAUCGAAAAGGCCGAGACCACCAGCUUGGCAUCGACACAAGUGUUUCGUGUGCAGCGCUUGCAACAGAUUGCUGGAAUCCCGAACCGUUUGUGUCCGCAGUGGCUUUUUGUACUGUAACUGUAAGUUCUGUUACAUUAAAAAAGGCAUGUUAUGCCAAGGAGUUCGGCCCACGUGGAUAUGGGCAUGGUGUUGGUUCCGAGAAUUUACGAGCAUACGAAUAA